AUUUGCACCAACGACAAGAGCGACAGCAGCAGGAAUCUUUAACUCCAAAUACAAGAAGCAAUGUAAUAUUAUCGAUUAAAUUUUAAUAAUAAAACCGAAAUUUAAUUAUAAAGCAAAAGUGAUUUUUCUUCUAUCUCUUGCAAAAUUUAUAUAAACAAUCACACAAAGGAGAGCGAAAAUUGAAUUUGCAGACAAUGCAGACAAGAACCGUACAAGUACAGCGGGUAUCGGAUCUAGCAAGUGAGAGGGAAAUUCACGAAUUUUUCUCAUUUUCUGGUGAAAUUGAAAAUAUAGAGAUCCGCAGAGAGCCAGGGCAGUCAAAGACUGCAUUUGUGACUUUCAAAGAUCCAAAUGCCCUCGAAAUUGCUCUGUUGUUGUCGGGAGCAACAAUUGUCGACCAGAUUGUUACUAUAGUGUCAGCAGAAAACUACGUACCGCAAUCUUUGGUUCAGGAAGUAAGGAUUGUUGACAAUGCCUUGAGCAUGUCUCAGGAAAGUACUUCUCCAGUAGCUGAGGGCAAAACGAGUCCAACUAAUGGGAGCGUAUAUAUUAGUAAAGCACAAGAUGUUGUCUCUAGUAUGAUUGCAAAAAGUUCAACUAUCAGACAAGAUGCUGUGAAUAAGGCCAAAGCAUUCGAUGAGAAGCAUCAGCUGACAGCCAAUGCAUCUGCCCGAGUGAAUUCCUUUGACCGCAAAGUUGGACUGAGAGAAAAACUCACUGUUGGAAUUACAGUGGUAAAUGAGAAAGUUAAAUCUGUGGAUCAAAGAUUUCAAGUGUCUGAUAAAACUGUGGCAGCUCUGAUAGCAGCAGAGAGGAAACUAAAUGACUCUGGAUCAGCUGUCAAAUCUAGCAGGUAUGUGACUUCUGGAGCAGCUUGGCUGAAUGGUGCUUUCAAUAAAGUAGCAAAGGCUGGACAGGCGGCUGGUACCAAAACUAAAAUGAAGUGGAAUUUGGCAUUAUCCAAUUUGACUGCAAAGGAUCGUCCUAUAGCUGCAUAAAACCAGAUGCUCGAAGUCACAUAGGAAUGCUUGUUCUUAGUCCGACAGUCUGUUUGAGAAUGGAUUGGACGACGUGGUAUAAUUCUCUGUCAAUAAACCCACUAAAGUUGAUUGUAUAUAGACUACGAUUCAUUCCAUUAUUUUGAUUUGUUUGACUUUGCUUUCCAAGAAUAGUCUUGUGGGUCUUGCUGCUCUGUAACUAGUCAGGGUGUAACAUUUUGCAGUAGAGAAAAAUGAAUUCGUACUUGGCAUUGCAUUAAUCUUGCUGCAAUCCAACCCUCCCAACUGAUCCAGUUAUGGGGAACUUCAUUGGUUCAAAAACAUUAUAUUCUUUUGUUUCACUCAAUUAAUCCUGCAUAUGGGAAUGUUUUAAGUGGGUGUUUGGUAUACUGUAUAAGACCGUACUAGUAGUACUAUAAACCAUAAUUAUACCAACAUUUUUUUUUAUUUCAGUCGAAUGUUGAUUCUUUUGACAUUUUAAGAAUGUAUGGCUAAAUAGUUGCAGAUUCUUUGAAAUGUAUGGUUGAAAUGAGUUGUAAAUCAUUAUAAUUUAUCCAAAUGGAGGCUUAGAACUUGAAAUGAAGUUUAACCAAUUGUAAAUCAUUUAUAAUUUGAGGUUGUGAUUUGUAGGACUGAUGUUUGUUGAUUGUCAGGAAUUAUUCUAUAUUUCUCACGAUAUAUAAUUCAUUUCAGUUUUAAACUACCAAAUGUGUCAUUUGAAGCUGUACAUAAAAAUCUCUAUCAGCCUCUUGAUUUGAUUGUUGUAGAAGCCAAAACUAUGAAGAUCGGAUCGGAUCUGAUCUUGCCGUUUCAUGUGCAUCAAAUUUAUUUAUUUUGAGGUUUGCUUUGGUUUUGUAACAUUAGUUGGCAUUGAAUUGUCACCUUGAGCACGCCACGAAAAGGGUUUCUUUCAUGUGUUCAUUGUUUGUCAACUAUUUAUUAUAUUAUAUAAAUUUUCGCGUUUCACA